CCCCGGCAUGUGACCUUCUCUACUGUUACUAUAGCCCAGCAAUCCGGUCUCUACGAAACGACACCGUUUCAUAGCAACGAAGGGAAUGGAUUCUCUGCGUGUACUGCAGUGCUCCACCUCUGCGCAGUAUCAUUACAUCUACGCAAGCAACUGGAAUUCCCCCUCCAAUGCCGAAGCAAUUUCUUGAAGCCAAGAAUCUCACAUUCGUUUCGGAAUUUAGGGUUUUUGAAUCGUCGGAUUCUUUGUGGUGUUUCCUCAGUUUUGACAAGAGAGGAAGAGAAGAAGAUGGGGACGAGGACAGGGAGUGGGAAAGUUAAGCUAAGUAUUCUACUCAAACACCAGGUUAAAUUCGGAGAGCAUGUUGUGAUGUUGGGGUCCACGAAGGAAUUGGGAUCAUGGAAGAAGAAUGUGCCGAUGAAUUGGACAGAGAAUGGAUGGGUGUGUAAGUUGGAGUUGAGAGGAGACGAGUCAAUUGAGUACAAAUUCGUGAUUGUGAAGAGGGACAAGAGCAUGACAUGGGAAGGUGCAAAUAACAGGGUUUUGAAGCUGCCUAAGGAAGGGAGUUUUGGUGUAGUUUGUCUAUGGAAUGCAACCGGGGAGGCUGUGGACUUAUUACCUCUGGAUUCGGAGAAGGAUGAGGUAGAAUUUGAUCAUAUGGAUGAAAUUGGAUCUGCUGAUGUUGAUGGUGCUUCUGUUUUGGAAGUUCAGACAAGUCCUUUUGUUGAGCAGUGGCAAGGCAGGUCAGUUUCAUUCAUGCGAUCAAAUGAGCACCGCAACCAAGAAACACAACGGAGAUGGGACACUUCAGGUCUUGAAGGGUUCGCUCUGAAGUUAGUUGAAGGUGAUCGAAAGGCCAGAAAUUGGUGGCAAAAGCUUGAAGUUGUACGUGAGCUUUUAGUUGGAAAUCUGGAAAGUGGAGACCGGUUGGAAGCUCUCAUUUUUUCUGCCAUCUAUCUAAAGUGGAUCAACACAGGGCAAAUACCUUGCUUUGAAGGUGGUGGUCAUCACCGUCCAAACAGGCAUGCUGAAAUUUCCAGGCUUAUAUUUCGUGAAUUGGAAAGAAUUUCUUGUAUGAAAGAUACUUCACCGCAGGAAGUACUUGUCAUUCGCAAGAUUCAUCCAUGUUUGCCAUCUUUUAAGGCAGAAUUUACUGCAUCUGUUCCCCUGACUCGAAUUAGAGAUAUUGCUCAUCGGGGUGAUAUCCCUCAUGAUCUCAAGCAAGAAAUCAAGCACACAAUACAAAACAAGCUCCACCGAAAUGCUGGCCCAGAAGAUUUGGUUGCUACAGACGCAAUGCUUGCAAGAAUUACUAGGAACCCUGGAGAAUAUAGUGAAACAUUUGUAGAACAAUUCAAGAUAUUUCAUCACGAACUCAAAGAUUUUUUCAAUGCUGGAAACCUUACUGAACAACUUGAAUCAAUAAAAGAAUCUUUUGAUGACCGAAGCUCAUCAGCCCUUACAUUAUUUUGGAGUGCAAGGAGAUUGGAUAAUUUGGAAGAAUCAAGUAAUGCUUUGGAUAAAAGCAUUGAUUUGCUGCUCAAAACUGCACAAUCUUUGAAUGCUCUUAGAGAAGUAAUUGUGAAGGGUCUUGAAAGUGGUCUCAGAAAUGAUGCCCCUGAUGCUGCAAUAGCAAUGCGUCAAAAGUGGCGUCUUUGUGAGAUUGGCCUUGAGGACUACUCUUUCGUUCUUUUAAGCAGAUUUCUCAAUGCACUUGAAGCUGUUGGAGGGGCUCAACAACUCAAGGAGAAUGCAGAAUCAAAGAAUGUAAGCUCUUGGAAUGAUCCACUUGGUGCCCUUUUUAUUGGAAUCAGUCAGCUGGGGCUAUCUGGUUGGAAGCCAGAAGAAUGUACUGCUAUUGGAAAUGAAGUCCUUGCAUGGAAAGAGAAAGGUCUUUCUGAAAGAGAAGGCAGUGAAGAUGGGAAGGCUAUUUGGGCAUUAAGGCUCAAAGCUACUCUUGAUAGAUCAAGGAGGCUGACUGAAGAAUAUUCUGAAGUACUUCUUCAGAUGUUCCCUCAAAAAGUUGAGAUGCUAGGAAAAGCUCUUGGGAUACCAGAAAACAGUGUGAGGACAUAUACUGAAGCUGAAAUUCGUGCUGGUGUAAUUUUUCAGGUCUCAAAACUUUGUACGCUUCUUUUAAAAGCUGUUAGAAGCACACUUGGGUCACAAGGUUGGGACGUUAUUGUUCCAGGAGCUGCUCAUGGAACCCUAGUCCAGGUUGAGAGCAUUAUCCCAGGUUCACUGCCAUCAUCUGUCACUGGACCUGUCAUUCUUGUGGUGAACAGAGCAGAUGGAGAUGAAGAGGUAACAGCUGCAGGGAGUAACAUAAUGGGAGUGGUCCUUUUGCAAGAACUGCCUCACUUAUCACAUCUUGGUGUCAGGGCCCGACAGGAGAAAGUCAUCUUUGUGACAUGUGAGGAUGAUGAUAAAAUUGCUGAUAUACAAAAACUCAAUGGAAAAUGUGUGAGGUUAGAAGCCUCCUCAGCAGGAGUUAAUAUAUUUCUGUCUUUGUCGGAUAAUAGCACUGAAGAUUUCCCUGGGAAAGAUCUUUCAGGUAAUGGUUCAUCGACAGUUGAAGCCCCAAAGGUUAAUAAUUCUUCCUGGUCUACAGACAUAGCCUCAGGCUCUACUCAGGGUAAUCAUACACAAGUAGUUGUACAGCUUGCUGAUGCAGACACACAAACUUCUGGUGCAAAGGCUGCUUCUUGCGGUCGCCUAGCUUCUUUGGGUGCAGUUUCUGAUAAAGUUUACAGUGACCAAGGGGUGCCUGCUUCAUUUAAGGUUCCUACAGGUGCAGUGAUUCCUUUUGGAUCCAUGGAACUGGCACUGGAGCAAAGCAAGUCAAUUGAAGGCUUCAUGUCUCUUGUAGAGAAGAUAGAAACGGCCACUAUGGAAAGUGGUGAUCUUGACAAACUAUGCUGUCAGCUCCAGGAACUGAUAUCUUCCCUGCAGCCCUCAAAAGAAAUCAUCCAACAGUUGGAGGAAAUAUUUCCAACAAAUGCACGUCUAAUUGUUCGUUCAAGUGCGAAUGUCGAGGAUUUGGCGGGAAUGUCAGCUGCUGGACUUUAUGAAUCAAUUCCCAACGUUAGCCUCUCAAAUCCAAUAGUUUUUGGAAAUGCUGUUAGCCGUGUCUGGGCUUCACUGUACACUAGGAGAGCAGUUUUAAGCCGACGAGCUGCUGGAGUGGCACAGAAGGACGCUACAAUGGCAGUCCUGGUCCAGGAAUUGCUUUCACCAGAUCUGUCCUUUGUGCUCCAUACGCUCAGCCCAACAGACCAUGAUCAUAAUUCCGUUGAGGCAGAGAUUGCUCCUGGUCUUGGUGAAACCCUGGCUUCAGGCACCCGGGGCACUCCAUGGCGCCUUUCAUCUGGAAAAUUUGAUGGGCUAGUCCGUACGCUGGCAUUCGCAAAUUUCAGUGAGGAGCUGUUGGUACUUGGUGCAGGACCUGCUGAUGGAGAGGUUAUCCGCUUAACCGUAGAUUACAGCAAGAAACCUAUGACAAUUGACCCAAUCUUUCGCAGGCAGCUUGGUCAGCGUCUUGGCGCUGUUGGCUUCUUCCUUGAGCGCAAGUUCGGUUGCCCACAGGACGUGGAAGGGUGUGUAGUUGGAAAAGACAUCUUCAUUGUCCAAACUCGCCCCCAACCCCAGUAAGAGCUUUAACAAGAAAUCACAUAUGGUAUCACAAAGGAUGUGAGCUAUCUGGGUGCGGUUUUGAGCACUUUGGCAGGCAUGCUUAUAGAAUAAGCCAUAAUUUGGCGGUGUAAUUUCAUAUACUAUUACACGUACUUUUGCCUAAAGUGCAGAUGAAUAAGUUGUAAUCCCAAAGAGUAUAAUUGCAGUCCCAUCUGUGUGCAUUGUGUCAUUUUUUUUCUGAAAUAGCUGGAAAAAACCGAUGUCCUCGCUGGAAAUCUGAAUAACAAGAGUUGUACAGUGCGUUCUAUGCA